CGCUAACCGCUUUCCGUACAGUGUGAUCUCUGGCUACAAAGCGCUCGCUUCAUAAAAGUGGGCUUGGUGCAAAACCGUACAAGAAAAAAAAAAAGAGCAGUGUAGCCCAAUCGCCGAAGAAAAGAAACAUGGAGUGGGCAGGGCUGUAUUCGCACAAAUCUUUAUAAAAUUCAUUGCUACAUCCGUCUACUACAGCUUCACAUUGUAAACAAGCAAGCUGUUGUCAUACGGAGCGUGGGUUAACGGGAGCAGCUGCUGAGCGAUUGAGUUUGCUGUAAUUUAGGAUAUUUUCGGUGUGCGUUUGUUUGGACUUUUGAAAAGGAUCAUCCCAGCAAUGACGGAGGAACAGCAGGAUACUCACCUCACUGAAACAAAGCCCCUUGUGGACCGCGAACUGCCUGGGCUACGAGAGGCGAUUCAGGAGUUUGUGACCAAGGAACAUGACAUUGACACACCACACGGUCCCAUCCAUGUCACCAUGCAAGGAGUCCCAAAAGGCAACAGGCCUGUCAUCCUGACGUUUCAUGACAUUGGCCUGAACCAUAAGACGUGUUUCAACUCGCUCUUCAACUUUGAGGACAUGCUGGAGAUCACCCAGCACUUUGCAGUCUGCCAUGUGGAUGCUCCUGGACAGCAAGAGGGGGCCUCAUCCCUUCCCACAGGGUACAACUAUCCCUCUAUGGACCAGCUCUCUGAAAUGCUUCCAGUGGUUCUCAAACACUUAGGUCUGAAGAGCAUCAUUGGAAUGGCCAUUGGGGCUGGUGCAUACAUCCUGGCAAAAUUUGCGCUGAACCAUCCUGAUUUGGUAGAGGGGCUGGUGCUGAUCAACGUUAAUCCUUGUGCAGAAGGAUGGAUGGACUGGGCUGCUCACAAGAUUUCUGGAUGGGCUCACGCUUUGCCAGACAUGGUCAUCACUCACCUGUUUGGGAAGGAAGAAAUCCAUAACAACCAGGACCUGAUCCAAGCAUAUCGUCAGCAUAUCGCCAAUGACGUCAACCAGCACAAUCUACAGCACUUUGUAAAAUCCUACAACAGCCGACGAGAUCUGGAAAUUGAACGACCAGUUGCUGGUGGAAAUGUCAAUGUGAAAACCUUAAAGUGCCCUGCACUUCUGGUAGUAGGAGACAGUUCACCUGCUGUUGAUGCAGUGGUGGAAUGCAAUUCAAAGCUGGACCCGACAAAGACUACACUUCUCAAGAUGGCAGACUGUGGAGGCCUACCUCAGGUUGAUCAGCCCGGAAAGCUUACAGAAGCCUUCAAAUACUUCAUCCAAGGCAUGGGUUACAUGCCCUCGGCCAGCAUGACGAGACUGGUGCGGUCCCGCACGGCCUCGGGCUCCAGCGUGACCUCCUUCGACGGGAACAGGAGCCGCUCCCACACGGGGGAGGGCAGCAGGAGCCGGUCCCACACCGGGGAGGGGAACCGCGGCCGCUCGCACACGGACACCCAGGUCGACUCCAACUCUGUGGACCAGGCCGGGCCCAAGUCCACCGAAGUGUCCUGUUAGACGGGCCGCCUGGCCAGGCCACCCACACACCCCCGCCUGCACCUGUGCUGCGCUGCUGCUGACAAUAAACUGAAGGCAUUGCAUGAUUUGCCCAUUGGACGUUUUUCUAUUUCACCCCCUUCCUCCUCCAAAACCAGUCCUGUAUUUUCCCCGUUGUAAUUUUGCACCUCUAAUGCCAAAGAAUGUUUGCGUUGAGGACAUAUGACAUGUUUAUGAACUGCAAAGUAAAGUGCACAUUAACUUCAUCUUAGUUUGAAAAAUGUAGACCGCAACUAAAAACACAUCGCAGAAUCCGACGGUACCAUUGUAAGAAAUGAAUGUCCUCUACUUAGGCUAAAAAGCUGCAUAUAAAUGCAAGUGGCUUUUUUUGUUAGGAGCAAUGCAGUACAGGCAGCUGUGGCAAAGAAAAUGCACCACUGUUGUAGAAAGCUGCAUCCAUAAGCUAUAUAAAAAUCUGUAAAUAGUUAAUUUGAAAUGAAAUCUGUAAUUUAUCUUCUUUGCUAUUGCAUCUGUUAAGAUUUUUAGGAUGUUGCGUGCAUUUUAGAGGUUUCGGAUGUCCUAAUUUAAAAAGCGAAACAAAUCAUUUAGAAUGGAGCUUUGAGAUUCUUCCUCUGACAGUCUUUGCAUUUAAGAUUCCCGGUAGCGGAAAGCUUUAAAGAUGAAGGAUUUUUUUUUCUUCUUACUGGACAGGUAUCCUGGCAUAUCUAAGCACUUAAAUUUGAAAGCCAAAUUGGGGUUCUGUGUCAAACAAGAUGGUGGUCCGACUCGAAUAUUAAGACAAUUUAAAAAUGGACUAAACAUUUUUUUUAAAAGUGCCACAAUGGUUGAUCUAGAACUUGGCAACACAAGCAGCUUUGUAAAUUCUCAAGUGCAAUGACAAUUUUAAUGUCUGCAACAGGUGUAUGUGGCCUGCUCCUGUCUAAUUCUACUAUUGACGGGUUGAAUGUGCAGUACAGUAUGUAAAAAUGGAGUCCCUGUUUGAAUCGAGAUGGCCUCCAGUCUGCCAUCUUUCUUGUCAAAAAGUGGCUAAUAACACUAGCCCCUACUAAUUAAAAUUGUUACUGGGCCAUUAUAUUUAAAAUAACUCUAAUUAUAGACAUCAUACUGACAAUAUCAGUAUUCCAGUGUUAACCAAGAUGGUCUGAUGACCGCCAUUUUCUUCUCACAACUUCAGCUUCUGCCUUGAGAACCACUGCCCUAACCGAAUCAAAUCUUGGCAGAUUUCAUAACCAGCCAAAGCUGCUUCUCAUUUCCAUAUUUCCUUACUUAAGCGGUUGCAAUUGUUGCACCCAAGGUAUGUUUAGAAUUGCUUGAAAGAAUACAGACCCUUAAGCGAACUGCUCCUGUUCAGGGACAGUUGGGAGAUAUUGUAUGGAUAAUGCAGUGAACCUAUGGCAAAACAGGGUUCCUGUAUUCACCACAAUGGUUGCUUGACACCCCCUCCCGUUGUGUGGUCAAACUUCGAACUGCUGCUCUUUUGGAAGUUGCUCCACUGAUUGACUUGAAGUUUGCCAGAUUUUCAUUGUGCCUAAGCCUGCUUCAGAACCGCACCUUACUGGUUCCAUUGAUAAUUGACAUGCCCACUCCAGCUCACUGACUGCUUGGUGAAAUGCAGACCCUUAACGAUGCUCUUCAAAACUCCAAACUUGGUAGGUAUUGUUCUAGUUUCUCCAAAGCUGACUUGCAGUUCAGUCACACUCUUCAGGGGGUAUUGACUUGAUUGGAAGCCCUUCAAAACAGCUUGCAGUUUUCCAGGUCAAGGUGAUAUAAUCUUGGUGAUAGACUUGAAGUGUGCUCUUGAAUUGAUUCAAAUUUACUGAAUAGAUUUAGCCCAUCUAGAUGAAAACGAGGGCAGAUUGUGAUUGCUGAUCAGUGUAGAGCUUCCUGGAUUGAACUUUAAUUUUGAUGUUUUUGAGAAUAUAAUGCGCUAGUACUAUGAAUUUGUGAGCUGUAAAGUGCAGUGUGUUUUGGGUAUCCUUGCUCUUCUAUAUGUGUCUGUGGUAUGCGUUACCCUACCAGACUUGGGGAGGAUGGCAGCCGUUGCAAUGGGGAAACCCUUUUCCAUCAAGCUAAAUCAAAUGUAUAAAAUUACCCAUUUUUUGUAUUUUCUUUUCUAAUUAUAAGAUAAUUUGCAAGUAAUGGUAAGUUGUGGUUUUCUGAAAUCUGUUGUUCUAUGCAAACGAUUACGGCAGAACAAAUUGUGCCAUUGAGCCCUAAAUUUGCAUUCUGUGCUACUUCUCCCUGCUGGUUUGAGAGCAAUAUUCUUCUACUUAUAAUAGCAAAACACUAAUGUGAUUCAAAUACUUGGCAAGCUUAAUUUUAUAUAAAUUUGCAUUUUAGUAAAUCAUUAAAAUUUAAUAUUUGGCUUUCUAGAUAAAUGACCCUUGUAAAAUUGCAAAAAGCUGCACACUGUAGAAGGAUGUUUUUUUUCUUAAUGAUAAGCUUGUAUUUAUUUAAACAAAAAUAAAAUUUGUAACUUUCAA